AUGGCUCUCUUUGGUGAUUUUUCACGACUAAUCUUUCUCCUGACUGUUCUGACACUCUUUUCUUCAGUAGUUAACUGUGAGGAUAUUUUUCUGGAGUGGCAUGUAGCAGUUGACAUGACGAUCAACCCAGCGUCGGUGGAUCAACCGGUUAUUACUGUCAAUGGGAUGUUCCCUGGACCUCUUAUUAAUUGCAGGAAUGGGAUACAACAAAGGCUUAACUCAUGGCAAGAUGGAGUAUCCGGCACCAACUGCCCGAUCCAACCGGCUAAGAAUUGGACUUAUGUGUUCCAGACCAAGGACCAGAUUGGCAGCUUCUUCUACUUCCCCUCCAUCAACUUCCACAAGGCCGGUGGUGGUUUCGGCCCCAUCCGUGUCAAUAAUCGGGUUGUCAUCCCAGUACCAUUUUCUCAACCCGAAGCCGAUUUCGACCUGCUCAUAGGGGAUUGGUAUAAGCAGAAUUUCAAGGAUGUUAGGUCCAAGUUAAAUACCACCUCUGAGGCCUAUGAUAGUUCGCCCGAUAGUAUGCUUAUGAAUGGCAAAGGCUCAUAUUUGGAUCCACUUGCAAAAGCCCAUGAAUCCUUUACUGUCACACCAGGGAAGACAUAUCGAUUCAGGAUCUCCAACGUUGGCAUAGCAUGGAGUAUCAAUUUUAGGAUCCAAAACCAUCGGAUGGUUCUGGUUGAAACCGAAGGAUCGUACACCAAUCAAAUACCGUUGGAUUCUCUCGAUGUGCAUGUCGGCCAGUCCUACUCUGUUCUCGUCACAGCCGAUCAAAAUGCAGCUGAUUAUUACAUUGUUGCAAGUCCUAAACUGGUGAAUGUCACUGAACAUAGUCCUCUUGUGGCUGUUGGUGUGUUGCACUAUGACAACUCCACCAUACCUCCUAAUGGGCCUUUACCUAUAGGGCCAGAUCCAUUCGACCGCGAAUUCUCGGUCCAUCAAGCUCAAUCCAUCAGGUAA